AUGUUGACUAAGCCUCUGCAAGGGCUCCCUGUGGCCCCCGUGACCCCCACGCCGCCGCCAGGAGGCAAAGAUCGCGAAGCGUUCGAGGCCGAGUACCGACUCGGCCCCCUCCUUGGUAAGGGGGGCUUUGGUACCGUCUUCGCAGGACAUCGCGUCACAGACCGACUCCAGGUGGCCAUCAAAGUGAUCCCCCGGAAUCGUGUGCUGGGCUGGUCCCCCUUGUCAGACUCAGCCACAUGCCCACUAGAAGUCGCACUGCUAUGGAAGGUGGGUGCAGGCGGUGGGCACCCUGGUGUGAUCCGCCUGCUUGACUGGUUUGAGACACCAGAAGGCUUCAUGCUGGUCCUCGAACGGCCGUUGCCUGCCCAGGAUCUCUUUGACUACAUCACAGAGCAGGGCCCAUUAGGCGAGGGCCGGAGCCGCUGCCUGUUUGCCCAGGUAGUGGCAGCGGUUCGGCACUGCCACGCUCGUGGAGUUGUCCAUCGUGACAUCAAGGAUGAGAACAUCCUGAUGGAUCUCCGCCGGGGCUGUGCCAAACUCAUUGAUUUUGGUUCCGGUGCCCUGCUUCAUGAUGAACCCUAUACUGAUUUUGAUGGGACAAGGGUGUACAGCCCCCCAGAGUGGAUCUCUCGUCACCAGUACCACGCACUCCCAGCCACUGUCUGGUCGCUGGGUAUCCUCCUCUAUGACAUGGUGUGUGGGGACAUUCCCUUCGAGAGGGACCAAGAGAUUCUGGAGGCUGAGCUCCACUUCCCUGCCCAUGUGUCCCCAGACUGCUGUGCCCUAAUCCGCCGGUGCCUGGCCCCCAAACCCUCUGCCCGACCCUCACUGGAGGAGAUACUGCUGGACCCCUGGAUGCAGACACCAGCUGAGGAUGCACCCCUGAAUGCCCCCAAGGGGGGUCCUACCCCUUUGGCCUGGUCCCUGCUGCCCUAGUCCUAGCCAGGCCCCCGCUAGUUGGAAUAGCCGUCCCAUGGCAUGCCACAGGGAUAGAUGGACAUCUGUUGACCUGGUUAUACAGGUCAUUAAAAAUCCAGUGUUACUAGGGUCAGAGAUUGGGGAUCAGGGGUCAAGAGACAUAAGCGAAGUCUGCCCACUCCCCAUCCCAAUCCUGCUAAGGAGCCUUCCUCCCAGAACUUAUGGUCUCUUAUUCUGGAGGGCGGGGGGAACUUCCUUAUUUCUCAUUUUGCUAAGGGUGUUUAUUUGGUUGAAGUUCCUUCCAUUCUGAGCCCCAGGACUCUUAUUCUGAUGAGUUGUAACCCCUACACUGGCACCUCCUGCUACCACCACACACACUUAGUUCAAAUGCUCUCACUUGGGCAAGGGUGCUUUCCUUCCAAUGCCCCAGCAGCUCUUAUUUUAGCAAAAGGACCCUUUUUCCUAGCCCAGGGUCCUAUAUUCAGUCAAGCUGCUUGCCUACCUCAGCCCAGGGUUGCUUAUUCUGGGGGAGGUAAUGCCCUAUUGUUAUCCCAAGACUUUUUUUUUUAAUUAUUUUUUAUUAU